AAUACGACAGGGCACAACUCGAUAUUCUUGCCAACUGAUGAGCAGUGGAGCAGGUGCGCGUAUCGGCGUCGGGGGGAAUUCUGAUGGCUUGAUAGACCGGGAGAAGGUCACGCCCUCGUUACUCCGCGUCUUCUGGAAAGAGCAUGGGCAUAAUAGCGACCUUGACUAUGGGCGGGAUGGGAAACAACUCCCGGGACGGCAGCUGCAUUUUUACACAUGGCCCGACGCCACCUUGAAGGAGCUAAGCCAGCUCUUGAAAGACGUGGUGCCUUGCGCCCGACGCCGCGGCUCUCGCAUGGAGUUCUCGUUGGUAUACCCAGGGCCGGAGGGGAGGACGCGGAUGCGGAUGGUGGGGUCGGUGCGGAACAGCGGUCGCAGCCCCGAGGACGCGAAAACCUUGCGAGACUGCAAGUACCAGAUUGGCGACCAUCUCGACAUUGCGGUGGAGGACUAA